AUGGCACGACUCAACGUUUUAGCAAUUUUGCUCGUGGUGGCAGUCUUCUCUGAAGUGCUGCUUGCAGACAAACCCGACUGGGUGGCUUUUAAGAAACAACAUAGGAAGGAGUUUAAAUCCAGAGCAGCGGAGGCAAAAGCGAAGGCCAAAUUCGACAAAAAUGCAGCACGUGUGGACGAACAUAAUAAAAAGUUCGAGAAAGGGGAAGUCCAAUACAAGAUAGCAAUCAACCAGUUUGCGGACCAAGACCCCGAAGAGUUUCAUCAACAUCACCACGGUUUGAAACCAGAAUUAGACAGAAAUGAUUCCAGACGUUCGGCUUCUCACGAACGGUACACCCGGGAAUUGCCACCAGCAGCGUUUGAUUAUAGGUCGACGAAUCAAACAAUUGCGGCAGCUAUGUCAGCUAUUGAAAGUCAAGUAUUAAUUGCUGGCCGUUCUCCGGUCACAUUGAGCGUGCAACAACUGCUGGACUGCGAUAUCUAUGACACCGGUUGCGAGGGAGGUUGGCCUUCAACUGGAUUCUUAUGGUUGAAAAAGCAUGGAGGCAGUAAAGCUGAGUCUGACUAUCCAUACACGUCUGGGUGCUGUGAUACGGCAGGACCCUGUGGUGGCGCAAAUGCUCCAGUAGUGCAACAACUCUCUGGGUAUGAGCGACUGACAAUGCCUGCCCCUGAUGACGCUAUUAAAUCUUUUCUAGUAGCUCACGGACCAUUGGCAACUAUUGUGUCGGCUAAGUCAUGGGAUCCACUCUAUUCGACGGGAUACAUCUCAUGUAAACCUCGCCAGGCAGCGGAUCACUCUGUAUUGCUUGUUGGUUACGGAGCAGAUGCUACCGGCAAACAAUACUGGAUCAUUAAAAAUUCCUGGGAUGUUGGGUGGGGAGAUAAAGGAUUUGGUUACGUUCCGGUUGGUCAGGCUAACAACACGGACUGCGGAAUUAGUCAGGGCUUUGCCACAUACCCCAUAAUCAUUUGA